AUGGUAGUUGGGAAUAUCCAAGUUGUCCAAGGGCGCGUUUUGAAGUCUGUCGUGAAACGAAACGAGGAUUGUGUCGGGCAUCGCGGCAACGUCUCCAACGAUAAAGUUAUCCCUGCCGAAUCGGCACCAAUCUCGGCUGGUAAUCUCGGAUUCUCGAGUUGCAAAAACGGGAAAGGGGUGCAUUUCCAGUUGAACCACGACGUUGAAGCAUCGAGAGCAAACGACCACAGGAACAGGCAAUUCAGGAUCUUACAUCUUUCACGGUGGAUUUCAGCAAGAAAUUCAAGCGUUUCGUCAGAGAGCCACCAACCAACGAGCUUUACGAUCAUUCGCUGAUUGCCGAUAUUUGGUGA